AUGGUAGAUACUCCUCAAGAUUUACAUCAGUCAAAUCCGGAAACUAGUACGAACGAUCAAUCGUCUAAAUCAAGCAAAAAGUACAAGAAAGAAAAGAAAAAAUCAGUACCAGUACAUCAAUUAUUUCGAUUUGCCAAUGGUUUAGACCGUGUCCUUAUUCUAGUUGGUUUACUCUGUUCUGCUGCUACUGGUGCUUUAGUUCCUAUUGGUAUCAUUGUUUUUGGGAAAUACUUGAAUGUUCUUAUUGACUCGCUCUCGGAUCCUUCAAAAAUUGUGGAUGAAACACUUCCGGUGAUCCUUACUCUAGUAUAUAUGGGAAUAGGUCUCUUUGUUGCUGCGUAUUUAGCUCAAUGUUGUUGGAUCAUUACAGGCGAAAGUCAAACAAGACGGAUUAGAUUCAAAUACCUUCAUUCUGUACUUCGGCAAGAUAUGUCAUGGUUUGAUAAAGCAGAAGAAGGAUCCUUAACAACACGUCUAUCUGCUGAUGCUCAACUUAUUCAAGAUGGGAUUUCUGAAAAGUUUGGUUUAUUUACUGUUUGUAUGGCUCAACUUCUUAGUGGCUAUAUUACUGCAUUGGCUACUAAUUGGAAAUUAGCUCUGGUUAUUCUUGCUUCAGCUCCUGCAAUGGUAUUAUCUGCUAUUAUCAUGGGCUAUUUUGUUACCAAGUAUACAGAAAAAUCUCAAGAUGCUUAUGCUCAUGCUGGAUCAGUGGCAGAACAAGCAUUUUCAGGUUUACGAACUGUUUAUGCCUUUUCUAUGCAAUCAAGAUUUGUGGAAAGAUAUAACAAAGAAUUAUUCAAGGCUCGUGCAUAUGGAUACAAACGUGGUAUUGCUCUUGGCGUUGGAACUGGUGUUCUUUUAUUUUCCUUUUUUGGUGUUUACGCCUUGGCAUUUUGGUAUGGUUCGAAACUAGUCUUUAGUAAUACCAUCAAUGGACCGACAAUUAUUGUUGUACUAGAAGCUAUCGUUACUGGAUCAUCCGGUUUAAUGAAUCUUCCACCAAAUCUUACUGCCGUGGCCAACGCUUGUGGUGCUGCUCAAAAUAUAUUCGCAACAAUUGACAGGAAAUCAGAAAUAGACUCUGAUAGCAAGGAAGGAGACCGACUAGAUGAUGAUAUGCUUUCUGGCAACAUUGAGUUCCGUGAUAUCAAUUUUGUAUAUCCUACUAGACCGGAUAUCACCAUUCUCGACAAAUUCAACUUGAAAAUCAAAGGUGGACAAAAAAUAGCACUUGUUGGUAAAUCAGGAUCUGGAAAAUCAACUACCAUUCAACUUUUACAACGGUUUUAUGAUCCUGGUCAAGGUCAUGUCUAUUUGGAUAAUCAUGAUUUACGCGAUUUGAAUGUGGGUUGGCUCAGGGAACAAAUGGGUGUAGUAUCUCAAGAACCAAAUCUUUUUAAUAUGACAAUUCGACAAAAUAUUAUGCUUGGUACUUCACGAUCUGUUUCGAAUCAAGAAUUGGUGGCUGCUUGCAAGACUGCUAAUUGUCACAAGUUUAUUACUCAAUUACCUCAAGGCUAUGACACUUUGGUUGGAGAAAGUGCAUCCAUGCUCUCUGGUGGUCAAAAACAAAGAAUCGCUAUUGCUCGAGCUAUUAUCAAAAAUCCCAGGAUCCUGUUAUUAGAUGAAGCCACAUCAGCUCUUGAUACUCAAUCAGAACGGAUUGUCCAACGUGCUUUAGAUGCCGCAUCGAAAAAUAGAACAACUAUUAUGAUAGCACAUCGUCUUUCUACUAUCAGGAAUGCUGAUAUGAUAGUGGUCAUGGACAAUGGGAAACUUAUUGAACAAGGCACUCAUAAGGAAUUAAUAGAACUUGGUCAGGUAUAUGCAGAUUUGGUCAAAAAACAAGAAAUUGCCAGCAACGAAGAUGAAUCUUCGGAUGAAAUCAACACGGAGAUAGAAACGCCAUCAUCAGAUGAAGAAAAAAUGACUUUUGUAGUAGAUGAACCGAAGGUAUCCACUGCCGAACUCGAAAAAGUGAUAACAACGACAAGUAUUGUGGACCCAUUGACAACAUCAACACAGACUGCCUACGAACUCAAAAUCGAACGUAUGCGUGAAGAUAAGGCUUUGAAGAUUUCUCAAUCGGCUCCUGUUCUACGUGUUCUUUACGAUAUGCGACCAGAAUGGUUCUUAUUAUCAAUUGGUUAUAUUGGUGCAAGUAUCUCUGGUAUUCCCUUUCCUUUGUUUGCUCUAUUAUUUUCCAAGGUGAUUAUCUCCAUUUCUAUUGCGCCAAAUACCAACCCUGGUCCAAUGGAAGGUCCUAAUUUAUAUGCUUUUUUAUUUAUGAUUGUGGGUCUUGUUUGUUUCUUCAGUUUAUCCGCGAAAAUUGUAUGUUUUGAAUUGGCAGGUGAAUCUUAUUCAAGAAGAUUACGAUUUCAACUCUUCAAGGCAUAUCUCAAACAGGAAGUGGGAUUCUAUGAUCAAACUGGAAACAGUACUGGAGCUUUGACAACACAAUUAUCUACUGAUACCAAAAACGUCAAUGAAAUGGUGACCAAAGCUUGGGGUGAAGUACUACAAAUUACAGUUACUGGGAUUGUUGGUUUGGUGAUGGCUUUUGUUUACUGUUGGCAACUUACUCUUGUUAUCUUGGGAAUGGCGCCUUUUCUCCUGUUUGGUACAUUUUAUGAAGCCAAGGUUGAAAAGGGUUUUACAGACAAUACAAGCAAAGCAUAUUCGGAAAGUGGUGAAGUGGCAAAUGAAGCAAUCAAAGGUAUUCGCACAGUGGCCUCUCUGAAUCAACAACAAUAUUUUGAAGAUCAGUUUUACAAGUCAACAGAAAGACCUCAUCUAUUGACUCGACGAAAAGCGUUGGUCUCUUCAUUCGGUUAUGCCCUCAUGCAAAGUGUCAUUAUCUUUACUGAAUGUGUAGCAUUCUAUGCUGGUAUGCGAUUUAUUGCAAAUGGAUGGAUUGGAUUCAACGAAAUGUUUACAAGUCUUAUGAUGGUGAUGCUCACUGCCAUGGGCGUAGGUCAAUCUUUAGUCUUUACGAAAACAUUCAUCAAGGCCAAGGUAUCUGCUAUUGCCAUCUUUGAUAUCAUCGACAGACAACCAGCUAUCGAUCCAGAUCUGGAAGGAGCCGAACCUAAAAAUGUUGAUGGUGAUGUCAAGUUCCAAGGUGUGGCAUUCUCUUAUCCUUCACGACCGGAUACUUGUAUCUUCAAUGGUGACUUUAAUUUACAUGCGAAAUCAAAUCAAACAGUUGCGUUAGUAGGUCACAGUGGCAAUGGAAAAUCUACAGUCAUUGGUAUGCUUCAGCGUUGGUAUGAUCCUCAAAAAGGAUCAGUGCUUUUAGAUGAUCACAAUAUCAACUCAUUAACACUAGGUCAUCUGCGAUCAAACAUGGCAUUGGUAUCUCAGGAGCCGAUCUUAUUUGACUUAUCGAUCAAGGAAAACAUUGAACUAGGUGUCGAAGGUGAACUGUCAUCUGAUACACUUAUAGAAGCAUGCAAGCAAGCCAAUAUCUAUGAUUUUAUCAAGGAACUACCGAAUGGUUAUGAAUCUCGUGUUGGUGAUAAGGGAUCUCAACUUUCUGGUGGACAAAAGCAAAGAAUUGCCAUCGCAAGAGCUCUAGUUCGUCAACCUAAAAUCUUAUUAUUGGAUGAAGCGACAAGUGCUUUGGAUAGUGAAUCGGAAAAGUUGGUUCAAGAAGCUCUCGAUAAUGUUAUCCAACAAGGUGGCCGUACCACCAUUACUAUUGCUCAUCGACUUUCUUCCAUCCAGAAUUCGGAUAUUAUUUGUGUCAUCAAUGAUGGUCGUGUGGUAGAACAAGGCUCUCAUCAAGAAUUACUGAAGUUGAAGGGCUUAUAUGCUGAAUUAGUGGAACAACAGUCUCUCAAUGUGUCAUAGAUCCUAUUUACCCUAGCAUACUCAUCUACCUAUCUAUGUAAAUUUAUUCACAUAAUCUAGCCAUAGUUUAAAUUACUCCUCUACUCUUAUCAUCACUGGUGUCAAACAUAUAUAAAUAUAUAUCUCAUCCUUUAAUAAAGUUUUAUUCUCUGUAUCAUAUAUAUAUAUUUAUA